UGUUUAGUUUAACAUUUUUAUUGCAAAACUGUAAGCUUAAGGCGAAAACAGUGAAAGACGAGCAUUUGGCGCUACGAAGACUAUCGUUGGAGUUUUUUGUGAGUGCGCCAAAGCUGGUAAAUCGUUAUAGAGGAGGGCCUGCAUUGAACUCGCUUCCCUUUAUAGCCGACGUUGCAACUCCCCCAACCCCGUUAACGUUUAGCCCAACAACAAAUAAGCACAGCCAAUCAAUAAACAACAAACCAGACGCUGCCUAACAAGAAAAACGAAACGCAGAAAUAACAGGCCAAUUAGAAAUCUUUCACAAUAUAAUUAGGUACUCGCACUAUAUUUUGAAGAGAGAUGGCAAGCAUAGAGGAACGAUUUCAGGCCGCAGUGAAUGUGAUCAAAGGACUACCUAAGAAUGGUCCCUACCAGCCGAGCACAAGCAUGAUGCUCAAGUUUUAUGGACUGUUCAAGCAGGCAACGGAGGGGGCGUGCACACAAAAGAAGCCCGGCUUCUGGGAUGUGGUGGGCAAGGCCAAGUGGGAUGCUUGGAAUGACAAUCGCCAUUUGAGCAAAGAGCAGGCGAUGCAACGUUAUGUGCAGAGCUUGCAGGAAAUUAUUGAGACAAUGUCGUUCACGGAAAAUGUUCAAAACUUUGUGGGCAGUCUGGAUGGGCUGACAAACAUAAAUUUGGAUGAACUGGAUUUGGUUUCGCCUGGUAUGCGCGAGUUGGCCGAAUCCCAUCCGAACUCGCCUUUCCAUUCGCGCACCAAUAGUCCACAGCACGGCGCCAGCGCCAAUAGCACGCCCAAUGGCCCCGAAUCGGCAGCCACAUCGACGGAGUCUGCAUCUGAGAUUACAGCAACAACAAAUGGACAUUUGACCAAUGGCUACAAAUCGUCCGGCUAUGCCACCGAGACGAGCAACAGUAGCAAUAUGACCAACAACAACAGCAACAACUACACAAACAACAGCAGCGUGGCCAUCGUAGAGCCCUCGGACGAUGAAUAUGAUGAUCCCUACGAUAUGGGUCAUGAGGUAACUUUGGCAAUUUCGCGCAACACAGAGCUUCUGCGUCAAAUCCAAAACGCCGUGCAGUGCAUGAAUACGGACAUGAGUGCCGUGCAGCAGCGUGUGGUGGCUGUAGAGCAAUCCCUCCUGGAGCUGCGUCAACUACAAUCUCGCAAAAAUGCAACUUCUACGGGUGUGGAUCGUCGACAGCCUGCCUGGUGGCCCUUUCGCGAUAUAUCGCCGCUCUGGUUCGCGCUGCUGGUGCUUUGGCCUUUUCUGGUGCGACGUUUCGGCCGGCUGCUCAAUUCUACGACGCGCAGACGCUGACUCGUAGACCUGUAGUUUAGCUUUAUGGCUUGGGUAGUUAAUUUUAUACUUCGAUGCUUUGGUUUUGGGCACGAGCCUUCGGCAUGGCUUGCUUUUUAGCUUUAAUUUCAAACGCGCGCUCGAAUUCGUCUCAGUGUUUAUUUUCAUGUACAGCGUUGAUCCUAAUUUUUUGUACGAUAUAUACGAUAGAUCUAUGCGGUUGAAAGUUGCAAUAUGUACCUAUUAUUAUUAUUUAUUUAACCACAUACACUGUGGCACAUUCCCAUCUAAUUAGUUCAUAAGCCAAAUGUUUGAAAGCAGCACGUUAACAUUUCGCUUUUGUAUAGAAAGUAAUUGCUCGUUUAUUUGUGUGUAGCAAACGAUU